GCGCAGCCAGCAAAAGCCAGCGACCGCAGGCUGGGGAUCACCUGACUGGAUUCUAGCACUUUCCAAAACAGGCAACCAAAACGACGACUUGACGACCUAGAAGAUUACAACAAUAAUAAUAAUAAUAAUAAUAAUAAUAAUAAUAGGGGUAACAAUGCGCGUCUCGGCGCGUAGUUGAACGGCUGCGUUAAGGUGCGCGUUUACAGCAAGGGAAAGACAUCAUUUGGUGCGGAGAAAAUGGACCUUUGGGGGUUUUUUCUGCUCCACCUCACAACUUCAGCUCUGUUUGAGGUCAUACUGGCCGGCAAAGACUGCUUGAUGGCCGGAGACUCCUGUUCGAGCGACGACACCUGCAGUCCGCGCCUUCGCACUCUGCGCCAGUGCGUAGCUGGCAAUGGCAGUAUGAAGCUGGGCCCUGGCGCCAGGAGCCAGUGCGCCAAUGCAGUGUCAGCCCUGCUGGCGAGCCCUCUGCAUGGCUGCCAGUGCAAAAGGGGCAUGAAAAAGGAGAAGAACUGCCUAAGCAUCUACUGGAGCCUUCACCAGUCCAUCAUUCAUGGCCUCAACUUGGUGGAGAGUUAUCCCUAUGAGACGGUGCAGAGGGAUUACGACUACGUCCGCUUGGCCUCCAUCACAGCAGACUCAGAUGUCGGCAUGUCAACGGUGAACCGCUGUCUCGACGCAGCCAAGGCUUGCAACGUGGACGACCUGUGCCAGAAGUUCCGCACAGAUUACGUCUCGGCCUGCAUCAGACCCACAGCUAAAUCCGGUCUGUGCAACCGGGCCAAAUGCAACAAGGCCCUGCGCAGGUUCUUUGACCGCGUCCCGGCGGACUACACCCACGAGCUGCUCUUUUGCCCCUGCACGGACACGGCCUGCGCGGAACGACGACGGCAAACCGUCGUGCCCAGCUGCUCAUAUGAAAGCGCGGAGAAGCCCAGCUGUGUUACGCAGAGGAGGAUCUGUGAGGCUGACUAUGUGUGCAGGUCUCGCCUGGCACAGUUUCAGUACGACUGCGAGCCCUCUGAAGAGUCCGCCAGCGGUUGCAAGCAAAGAAACUACGGAGCCUGCCUCCUCGCCUACACGGGCCUCAUCGGAAGUACCAUAACACCCAACUACAUCGACAACGCCACAUCCAGCGUGGCGCCAUUUUGCUCCUGCGUGGCCAGCGGCAACCAGAGGCAAGAAUGCGACGACUUCGUGGGCUACUUCACACACAACAUCUGUCUCAAGAACGCCCUCCAGGUGUUUGGAAGUCAAUCUGACCGGCGGCCUACACCGGGCCCAUCCGGUGCAACAAGCAGAGAAAGCCGGAGCACAACUUCCCCACCCAAAACCAUAGUAACCAUGCGGAACAUUCUGGACACCAAAAUACCCACGCAGGCCUUAGGAAAUGAACUCCUGGUAGCCCAGUCUACCUUGCCGUCCAACGGCCUUCCGAAUUCGGCGUGCCCUCUCCAGCUCCUGCCUCCGGCGGCCGUCAGCCUUCUGUUGUUUCGCUUGCUCGACGGCGGACACUAAAGACCGCGAGGGUGCAACCCCCCCCUCGGAAUGGAGGCAGUUCGCGGACCGUGCAGCUACUCCGUCCCUCAUGAAAAUGUACAGUGAUUCUAUUUUUGUGUCUAGGUAGCGGAACGGACGCUUAACUCCGAAGAGAAUACAUUUGUGCACAGUUGAUGCCAAAAAGGAGCGUGAGCGAGCUCUGGGCUACUGUGCGUUUUCCAGUCAACGUGAACCUAUAACACAGCUGUGUCCGUGUGUGUGUGUGUGUGUGUGUGUGUGUGUGUGUGUGUGUGUGUGUGUGUGUGUGUGUGUGUGUGUGUGUGUGUGAGAUACAAUGAUGUGAAGUAUGUGAGUAGCUGAGGGCAUCAACAGGAGCUCUUGUGUGGAACAUUGUGAGUCAGUGUUUAGAGAGCAUGGGGCUUUAAUAGCACUCUCCUCAAGUGACUGCAAGAGGACCAUUAUUUCGGAUCGAUACGGGGGUAAAGGGGUUGCGGCAAGACAAUAGAGCAACAUUUUACUCGAGACGCUGCGGACAGAUGCUCGGAUUCCUCAUUGUCCUGCAGCGCUAUCUGGGAGAGAGUGCAUAAGACAAACCUCGACGUCGUGAUCACGCUUUCCAUCAGGACCCAUGGCGUUUGUCCAACCCCUCGCUGUAAUUGUUAGCGCUUAAGCUACAGUAUAAAACAAAUUGACGUUCUUAAAAGUGCACCCCCCCACCCCAAAAAAAAAAAGACAAUUUACCCUGGAAAUAAAAGGCAGAGUCUGGUGUGGAUGAACUUGACUGGCCUGCACAGAGUCCUGACCUGAACCCGAUAGAACACCUUUGAAUGAAUUAGAACGGAGACUGAGAGCCAGGCCUUCUCGACCAACAUCAGUGUGUGACCUCGCCAAUGCGCUUUUGUAAGAGUGGUGGAAAAUUCCUAUGAACACACUCCGCAACCUUGUGGACAGCCUUCCCAGAAGAGUUGAAGCUGUAAUAGCUGCAAAAGGUGGACCGACAUCAUAUUGAACCCUAUGGGUUAGGAAUGGGAUGGCACUUCAAGUUCAUAUGUCAGUCAAGGCAGGUGUAAAUAGUAUAAUUUGUCUAUUAAAUUGUGAUAAGUACACCUCUGCAUAACAUUGU